AUGGAGCUCCUGAGGUCGCUCGGUCAUCCGGAGGAGAUGUACAACCUCAUCAGGUACAAGGUGGCCAUGUACAAGGUGAAACAGGAGCCCAUGGGCGAGGGCCUACGGACCUGCUACAAAUACCUGAAUGAGACCGGCAGGAGCUACGCCGCCGUCAUCCAGGCCUUAGAUGGCGAGCUACGGAAUGUGUGUUGUAUCUUCUAUCUGGUUCUGAGAGCUAUGGACACUGUGGAAGACGACCCGACCAUCAGUCUGGAGACCAAGAUCCCCAUUCUGGAAAACUUCCACACCUUCCUGUACCAGGCCGACUGGAGCUUCACGGACAGCAAAAAGAAGGAUCGGCAGGUGCUGGAGGACUUCCCAACAAUCUCUCGAGAGUUUAGGAACUUGGCUGUGGUCUACCAGGAGGUGAUUAUCGAUGCCAUUCGGAGGGUGGCACAGGGGAUGGCGGAGUUCCUGCAGAAAGAAGUGGAGUCCGUACAGGACUGGGACGAGUACUGUUACUAUGUUUCGAGUUCAUUGACGAGGGGCCUGUCGGUAAUGUUUGGUAUCGCAGGGCUGGAGGGCCCCAUUGUAGGAGAGGACACGAGGCUCUCCAACUCCAUGGGUCUGUUCAUGCAGAAGACCAACAUCAUCCGUGAUUACCUGGGAGACCAGCUGGACGGCCGAGAGUUCUGGCCCAAAGAGGUGUGGAGCAGAUACGGGAAGAAGCUGUCUGACCUCGCCAAGCCAGAAAACAUUGUGCCGGCCGUGCAUUGCCUGAACGAGCUCAUCACCAACGCCAUGCAACAUGCGCCCGACGUCCUGCUUUACCUGUCCCGACUGCGAAACCAAAUCGCGUUCAAAUUCUGCGCAGUCCCGCUGGUGAUGGCUGUCGCCACGCUGGCCGCCUGUUACAACAACCAGCAAGUGUUUAAAGGAGUGGUGAAGAUCCGGAAGGGCCAGGCUGUGACUCUGAUGAUGGACGUUACAGACAUGACGGCAGUGCGCUCCGCUAUGCGUCAGUACGCCGAGGAGAUCAUACCAGUCUCACAGGAAUGUCUGGCAUUCAUGCGAUUUGUCCCAUUAGCAGGCGUGAAUGGGGCCUUAACCACCUCCCGUCCGCCAAACGUUCGGAAACAGCCGGACGGGAGCCUUCUGGAUGCGGGUGGGCGUCUGUAA